AAAAAAUUUUAUUUUCGACCAAAUUUUGUAAGAAAAAUGGAAAAAAUUAAUAAAAUUCUUGCUCUCGCCGUUCGUCCCAACCAGCGAUCCAUCUCCACUUCCGCCAUCCUCGCUGGUAAAAGAAAUUUCCGCAAAUUUCCAACUUUCAACAAGCGAGGAACUCGCUCCUUAAAAGAAGCCCAACGAACCUCACUCGAUCCACCAGUGCCAAUCUACAAACGUGGUGUUCGAGACACUGGAGUUUAUGUUGAUGGAAAAUUCCAAUCAAUCCCACAGCGAAUUCCUCAAUUAAUUGUACCAAAUUUGGAAAAUUGCAAAUUAAAACCCUACGUCUCCUACAAAGCUCCCGAUGUUGUGCAAUCUGAAUUCACUAGUUUAGAUUUAUACAAUGCCAUUUAUGCGCAAAAGGUUAUAGACGACUUUAAGGCUGGCAAAUUAGCCGAAGAUGGUAGCCCAUUGGAACCAUCUCAACAGGAGUUACUCACUCCCGAUGAAGCUAUAUUAAAAGCAAGAAAAACUGGCUCCGAUAUAUUUUAA